CACGUGCUUCCGGUGGGACCGGAACCUGCCUGGCCUGGACAGGCCUGCGGCAGGCCAAGUUGGACAAGCCUGGGCACGGAGAGCCGAAGGCUUGCAGUCCCUGGUUCACGGAUUCCAGACGACACAGGACCUUGGUGUGGCCCUGCCCCAUGGAAACCACAGGGCCCUGGCCUGGGCCUCUGCCACCUUCUCUCCUCUCCUCUGGGGAGACCUUGAAAUUUGGAGUCCUGCAGUCUGUCUGCUUUCUCUCCAUCCUGCUCAGAAGCUAUGGUCCACUGCCUCGGUCAUUCUCUUGGAGCUGAACUGGCAAAUGAAGGUGGAAGCCUGGCACCCUGGACCUCCUGAUCUCUUCAGGAAUGAAGGCCAUUGCUAUAUUCAUUGUCUUCAUCUUCUGCUGGACAACCUCCACCCUCAGCAGCUUCUGGCAGUUCCAGAGGAUGGUCAAACACAUUACAGGGCGCAGCGCCUUCUUCUCCUAUUACGGAUACGGCUGCUACUGUGGGCUUGGGGGCAGAGGGACCCCUGUGGAUGCCACAGACAGAUGCUGCUUGGAUCAUGACUGCUGCUACCUCAAGCUGAAGGAGCACGGCUGUCAGCCCAUCUUGAAUGGCUACCAGUUCAGCAUUGUCAACGGGACUGUGGCCUGUGGAUGUCCCCUGGGUGGCAGCUGCCUCUGCGGGCAGAAGGCCUGUGAGUGUGACAAGCAGUCUGUGUACUGCUUCAAGGAGAACCUGAACACCUACGAGAAAGGCUUCAAGCAGGUCUUCCUCAACAGGCCCCAGUGUGGCAGACGCAAACUCCGGUGCUAGCGAAGUCACCGUCCCUCUGUCACGCGGCACCUGCUGUGACGGCGGUGGCCCUUCUGGAACGCUGUCUCAGACCAUGUCUGACACCCCCAGGCUCCUGCAGCUCGGCAUUGCUGUCUAGGGAGUGUCUUCUCCCUCAGCACGGGGGACUGGAAGUGAGAGACGGAGAAUUCCUGCUCUAGAAACAGUGCACCCGUGUCUGGCAAUUAAGUGACACAUUCCAGCCGAGGUCCGCCAUCUGUAAGCCUGCUGGCAGGAAACAGGACGGUCUGCUGUCUCAGAAAGACAGCUGUCUCAGAAAGACAGUGAUGGUGCUCACCACGGUCACAAGGAUGUCAUGGUGAAGAUGACACGAAGAAAUAGAGAGAUGGUGUGGGACAGUGGAUCCAAGGCGUCCUAAAUCCCCACCCCCAUUUAGAAGCCUCUGGUCUUAAAAGACUUAAAUCUCGUCAGCAAUAUCUAAUUGGGUGAUCAGUUUCAUGGUGCUAGACUGGAAGAGUGACUCUCAGACACAGCUGUAGCCAUGCUUGCCUCCCUCCUUGGUGGCACUUGCCUUUCCUGCCCUAGCAUUCAGCACAUCUGUCAAGGGCAGAGUCUCCUUUUCAUCCCCUGAAUCUGGGACUCUGCUUGGUAAUAUAGCCAAAGCGAAGGUCUUAAGUUCAGGCUUCGGCCUCUGAGGUCCAGGGCAGGUCUACUGUAAAGACACACACCAGGAGGAAGCCUGGGCUCAACCUCCUGGAUGAUGAGAACUUGCCGGGUCAGAACCAGCAACCCCAGAUCACUGGACUCAACAGAGGCUUCAAGAGCAUUGAGGGGCUGAGCCCAGACUGAACUGUAAUUUGCAGAACUGUGAGCCUUGUACAGGAAUCUAUAUUGUUAUGAUGCUGCGGGCUGGCUAGUUACACAGCUCCGCCUAGCUGACUAUGCUGGUCUUUAUUCAUCAAUACUACCUGGUUCUCAGCACUUGGCCCAGACUUGGAGGCCAUGGAAAUGUGGUCGCUAUGUCUCUAUCCCCUCCCCCAGAGGGUUUUCGGGGAGAUGAUAAGAUUUGUGUGGUGAUAGAGAGCAUUGGGGACUGCUUUCACUUAGUAGGUCAACCAACAUGUGUAUUGAGCCUAUACUGUGUGCCAUGUACAGUGGUGAGCCCUAGGGACUUAAAGAAACACUCAGACUCAAGUCUGAGGAUUUUGAAUUCCAGGGAGAAUGCUGAGAGUUGUAGCAGUUUCUACCAGUGCCAGAGGUUAAAACCUGGCUUGAGAAAGCAGAACUCAUGAAGACAGAAGGCUCAGGGGAAGACCUGGGAACCAGGAUUCCUGAGCUCUACCUGGUUCAACCUGCAUAGUCAUCUUUCUUCACCCAGCCUGCCCAUGUACAGAAAGUAGACGUGUGUUGGGCAGGGAGCAGGAGUCUUUGGCCUAGGAGCAUCAGGAAUGGGCUCGGGCAUGACACCAGUGUGGCUAGGCUAAGCCAGCAGCAUGCCACCUUCUGGAAGGUCCUGUCCUAUCAGAGACUGGUUCUAACCUGGAAAGAUGUCUGGGUAACAGCUAACGUGGAAGGGCCAGGGUGAUGUCCAUCAUGCCUCCAUGACCAGGUUGCUACGUGAGACCCAGCUCUCUUCCCCUCUGGGUCCAGCUUCUGGUCUGGAAGUGGAUGGGAUAAGUUAUGGAUGCUGCGUGUGUCCCAGUUAGUGUUGUGCCCAGAAUCAAGGCAGGAGGUGUUGGGGCUGUAAAAGGAUGUUAGAAAAGCUUGCAAGAAAUAACCGCUCUCUCGGAAGAACAGUCAUUCAUCUGCCUUGGGGACUGACUUUACGCCAGGCCUGUGAAGAAGGUAGAGAAGUAGAAAUUCUACUCCAUGGAGCUGUGAGCCUGGGGAGGAAGGACAGGAGGACCAAGUAGCUUGGAAGGUGCUCAGAUUAGUGUCUGCUCGGGGAGCAGAGUCCGCUGAGAAGAAGGCUCCUUCGAAGAAUGCAGGGGCAGGCGUGGACUGAAGGAGAAGACGGCCAAGUGUGUGUGGAGCCCCUCCCCCAGGUAGACAGAGUGAGGACUGUGCAGGUGUCAGAAUCUUCUCAACCCCCACAUCCCACCUUCAAGCUGCUGGCAUGGCCUUGCCAGCACUCCUUGAUUCUGUAUUUAUAAAAUACUUCGGUGAAUUGAUUACAUGCAAAUAAAAUACAAGAGGAAGAAUCUAGACUCUGCCUCCUGCUUUGUGCAGAGCUGACUGUCCCUUUGCAUCUUCUCACACAGUGACUUGUGGGCAUGCUGUCUGUCUACGCUACCAGCCCCCUCCCCUCCAAUGCUUUCUCCCUCAGCCGGAGCACCUUAGCCAUCCUUGUUUCUAGUCUUUGCCCCCCACUCUCUAUUUAAGAGCAGCCAUCCUGUCCCCCUUGCUAGCAUGUGUACGUAAAAUUGGGUGCGGGGAAGAGGGCAUGUGGAGAGGCUGAGAGAUGGUGUGGAAGUUAAGAGCACUUGCUGCGUGAUUUUCAUGCAUGGUCUUACUGAUCAUCGGAGAGAUCCUAGGAAUCCAUUAUUCACCCCCAUGACCCUGGUGACAGUGAAAGAUUGUGUCUACUGGACGGCAAGCCUCAGCUUCUGGCUUGAAGUCUACACAUACUGCAGUUUGGAAGAGGGAGCCUCAACUAAGAAAUUGCCUGCAAUGAUGUUUACUUCUUUAUCAGUUAUCUGGAUUUGGAACCUGUAACACAAAUUAAUAGAUGACCCAGAGACUGAUAUUGAGGUUCAAACUUCAAGCUAAUGUCAGAGAAGCAAAGCAGUCGGCCACUAGCUUCUUACAUCUAACUCAGACUGAAUGGGCUGAUCUACACAUAAGCUCUUAAGUCUCCGACUUCUGCCUCUCCUCAGCGUGGCUGGAGAAUGAAUGCCUGGAACCUAGCU